GAAUCAAUCCUGGAUCCUCUGGAAGAGUCUGUGCUCUUAACCACUCAGCUAUCUCUCCAGCCCCAAAUUAACAUUUCGAAGGGGACAAAAAGAAUGUGUAGUAAAUAGCUGGGCCCAGGAGACAAAAGCCUAUAAAUCUUAGCUGUUAAGGAGGCUGAGGAAAGAGGAUUGGAAGUUGAAUGCCUGCCUAGGAAAGUUGGUGUCUCAAAAUAAAACAGUAAAGACUGAUGGGUGCAUCUUGUUGGUGAAGUGCUGGUUUAGCAAACUUGAGGCCCCUCAACUAUGGAGGGUGGGAACUAAGUUGUUGAAGGGAUUUAUGGCAGAGUCUCAACUGAGCUGUGGGUAUUUUUUUAAAACACUGUGUAUCAAGGAUGUCAUGCUCUGAACCAGAUGUUUGGUGUCUGGUGGAUGCCCCGGGAGAGGCAUUUAUAGUCAAGAUGCUGGGAGAAUCUGACUGACUCAUGAGGUGGCCUCCUGAUCCUUCCUGAUUCCAGGGUUUAGAAAAGCCUGUGGACAGGGAAUCACAGCAGGCUGCUGUAGAGAGACUCUCCAAGGUCCUUGCAGCUCAGCCUUGGUCUUCAGUGGUCCAUACUGUGGAGGGGUGUGAAUGUCUCCAUCCACAGUGUCUGCAGACAUCAAGCCACACUUAAAUACUUAAUCCUUCACAAACGCUGUUUCUGUUCCUAUCUACUCCUCUUCAGGAACAUUAUACCUUAAUUUUAUUGUUUUUUUUUUCUUCAGAAAGUUCAGAUUAAAGGGGCUCAAUUUUGCUUUGAGAAGCCACGCUGGUUUAAUUAGUCUACGUUUACAAAGCAUUUUUCUUUGCUUUAAAAGAGGGAGUGUGAUGUGAAGAAGAACACAGCGCACCAAAACAUCCCCAGGCCCCUCCCCUUUAUUCGCUGGACCUUCAUUCCAUGGAGACUAGUUUUGCCUUGUUUUUUGGUCACAGGGGGCCACGGGUCACUUCCAGUCCUUGGUGGCUGUAGGGCCCAAACCCUCCAUUUCUUUUACAGGUGAGCAUCUCUAGAAAACUCCAAACAAUCUUGUCUCUCACGAAUAACUGGGAGUCUUCCCAUUUCCUUUUCUUCCCGAUGCAAAUAGAAGUACCCAUAAUGCAUUAGGCUCCCAUAAUGCUUUAGGCUCGCUCUUCCUUCCACUCCACUUUACUGUCCUUCAUUCUUUUGGUCUGUCUUACAAAACAGAAAAUAGCUGGGGACAAAAACCGUCUCACCCUCAGUUCUGUAGCUCCAGGCCACAGAUCUCUCCUCUCCGCGUGUCAAAGGAAGGACGUCCUCUAGUGUAUUCUGCAUCCACGCUGGCGCAGUUUGGGCAUCUACAGCGACAUUACAGCUGAAUGGAGUGAGCUGUAUAGAAAGAGACUCUAGGUGAGGAGCUGUCCUCGCUUCACCCUUUUGACACGGGACCUCUCUGUGGCCCUAGGAUCCAGGAGCCUUUCAUGCAGAAGCUGUUACUAUCUACUGAGUAAACAACCCAGCUGUUUUCCAGCCCGUAAGAAUACUCACCUGGAGAAUUUCAAGGAGCCAAAUGACCACCUGCUGUCACUUCCCAUUUGCUGUUAGACUGUCUCUAAUCUCUUAAAGGUUGCCAGCAGUUCAGUUCAGUAACAUCAGAAUACCAAACACAGACCAGCAACGGUGGCAUAAUCCAGCAGAAACCAUUAGGCCACCACUGAGUCAACAUUAGUCAGCAGGAGUGGCCAGCUGUGAUACCAGGAGAAAUUCUCUGCCAUGCCUCUCUCAAUGAAGUGAAGAUCAGUAAAGACAGGAGACAUUGCAAUGCUAGAUGCCAAGGGGUCUAUCCGAGAAAUCAUCCUGCCCAAGGGCUUGGACCUGGACCGGCCCAAGAGGACACGCACGUCCUUCACCGCGGAGCAGCUCUACAGACUGGAGAUGGAGUUCCAGCGUUGCCAAUAUGUAGUGGGCCGGGAGAGAACCGAGCUGGCUCGGCAGCUCAAUCUUUCUGAAACCCAGGUGAAGGUCUGGUUCCAGAAUCGGCGGACCAAGCAGAAGAAGGACCAGGGUAAAGACUCGGAGCUGCGCUCGGUGGUGUCGGAGACCGCCGCCACGUGCAGCGUGCUGCGGCUGUUGGAGCAAGGCCGCCUGUUGUCGCCUCCCGGGCUGCCCGCCUUGCUGCCGCCCUGUGCUACAGGCGCUCUGGGCUCCGCGUUGCGCGGGCCCAGCCUCCCGGCCCUGGGUGCAGGCGCUGCUGCGGGCUCCGCCGCUGCUGCCGCCGCCGCCGCCACUGCCCCGGGUCCGGCCGGCGCGGCGUCCCAGCAUCCGCCAGCCGUGGGCGGCGCUCCCGGCCCCGGGCCUGCAGGGCCCGGGGGACUGCACGCGGGAGCUCCGACAGCCAGCCACGGUCUCUUCAGCCUGCCGGUGCCGUCGCUGCUAGGCUCUGUCGCCAGCCGCCUGUCCUCCGCCCCGUUGACGAUGGCUGGUUCGCUAGCCGGGAAUUUGCAAGAACUCUCAGCCCGUUACCUGAGCUCCUCGGCCUUCGAGCCUUACUCCCGGACCAACAAUAAAGAAGGGGCCGAGAAAAAAGCGCUGGACUGAUUUUAAGUGUUACCCUGUAUUUAUAUUUAUAACAUCUCUUGUGGUGGUAUUUAUGGACUCGCGCGCGUUAGGCGCCCAGUGCUCUUGCACUGGCCUUCCUGGCCCCCACCAAGCCUCUGACUGCGCCCCUGGCCCUCACCCCACCCCGGCACAGACUAUUGGUUUCAACUCACUCGGGCUGUUUUGUUCUUUCUACUUUUCCUCCCUUCCUCCAACCCCGGUUUCUUUCUGAAUCCAGGAAUGAUCCAAAGAAUUAGGGAGAAAUACCCGAAUUAGCCAACCCCCACCCUGCUAGCCAGGGAAGGAACAGACUGAGCCUAAGUCCAGGCCCCCACACCUGCUCUGGAUAGGGGCGCUGCACAGUGCUCCUAUGAAUAUUCGAAAGAGGAACUAUGUUCGCAGGGCGCCAGGGACUGAAAAGGCUUCUUGGGUUUUUUUUUUUAGACCCCAAAAGAAGGGCCUAUCCCCUAUUGUCAGAGAAAUCAGGGCUUUGGGAGAGUUCCUGGUCCCGAUUUUUAGACCUCUCAGGAUAAUUGGUGCAUACUCAGCUCCUGUCCAGAACAGAGCUGAUGAGUUUUAUUUCUUUUAGGAAAACUAUCACAGGCGCCCCGACCCUGAGAAACGAUCCAGCAGACGUCCUGUUAGACAAAGGUGGUGAUAAAUUUGAUCCAGCAGCAAUAAAGCAAAAGUCAUUGCUACAUAAAACCGGAUGAAGUGUUACCUGUUUUUAAACACUUAAACAGUUGAGUUUGAAAGAUGUACGAAAUUCGGACUAGAGAACGCACCAUGGAACGUGCGAAAUUAAAAUCCUGAGCGCUGUGACUUUAGAUAGGAAUUUAAAGAGGAAACGGAAGGAAAAGCCAAUGACAGAAGCUUGAGAAUCUUCUUUUCAGGGCGGUGGCCCACGGCUUCCUGCUCCUCCCAGGAGAGUGCGCGGUGGCUAGUGUCAGUCUCCUGUCAUGGGAACUUCUUUUUAGAGGCUCCCAGAAGCAAAGCUACAGAAUAACGGGGGGGUUGGAACUAAAUCAACACCCAUUAUAUUUGCUUCAUCUUCUAAACUCCGAUAUCUACAAAAGGCUUUUCACCAAGCAGGAAGGGCCGGGAUUUUUUGAUCAGCUGCUUUCUGAAGGACAGGUUGGGUGCCCGGCUUGGCCUUCACCGGUCCUAGUUUCUUGGUGCCAGUGGUUCCUUGUAUGGCUGGCAGUACAAGCACUUCCUCUCCCUUCUCAACCCUAGGGUGUCAGACAUCCGAUCCCGAGUUACAACCCUUUCCACCACGCAGGUGCAGCCCCAGCCCUCGCAGCAACCUUAGCCCCCAGAGCCAUCGCCACUCGCAUUUUAACCAAAACCACAGGCCCAGAGAGCGAGGUGCCUCCGUGUCUAGAAUGUAUUCACCCAUCUGAAACAAGCGCAAAACAUUCUAAAGAACAAAGUAACUUUAUUGUAAAUUAUUUACAUCCGAAGUUUUUCAUCUUUUUUCCCAUUUUCUUUCUUGUUUCGUUUUCUCCUCUCUCUCUCUCUCUCUCUCUCUCUCUCUCUCUCUCUCUCUCGGCAAAUAACGAAGAAAAUAACGAACGAACGAUUCAAACGCGGGUAGGUGUCACUAAAUCCUGGCUACUAAUUGUGUUCCGGACGUCUUGGCUCUUUGGAUGUUUUUGUAUUUAUGUGGUGAGAGUGAAAUAUAUAUAUCUAUGAUGAUAAAGUG